AUGGGAAUUUCCACCGAGUUCAAUGGGACUAUUCAAUUUUUCAUUUACAUUGCCAAAGACUCUUCUUUGAUUAAAAACGAUAAAGACUCCACAACUUCAAAGAAUGACUCCACUAAAAAUGUAAGUGUCCAUCUGAUGUUUAGUAACUGUACAGAGAUCAAAAAAAGUGAAGUUACACUAAAAGAAAUACGCAAAAGUGAACAGUGCCCACUUUCACCGCUGUCUCCUGCUCUGCCUGCUCCUGCUUUCAGCAUGGUAAAGAAGAAUACUAUCCCUGAUGGAUGGCGGAGUUUGACACCAGUUGGACAGCCUAUACCAGGAACUAGAUUUAUUGCAUUCAAAGUACCUUUAAAAGGGGCAAUUAACCAGAGGCUUACCCCAACUCAGAAAUUUACACCAAAAGACUUAAUUGCUGCAAUGAAAGCCCUAAAUGUGGAGCUUGGAUUAAUUAUUGAUUUAACAUAUACCACACGAUACUAUGAAGUUAAGGAUUUACCUAAAAGUGUGCAGUAUAAGAAACUUUAUACUGUUGGACUUGAAGUCCCCGAUAAUGCCACUAUCCUACAGUUCAAAAAAUGGGUCAGAAAAUUCCUAUGGGAAAAUGCAGGAAAUGAGAAACUCAUUGGCGUUCACUGUACUAAUGGAAUUAAUAGAACUGGCUACCUUAUAUGUAGAUAUCUUAUAGAUGUUGAAGGCUGGGAUCCAGAGGCAGCAAUCCAAGCUUUUGGUGAUGCUAGAGGUCAUCGCAUGGAUGGUCUUGUGUACCUCACAGAUCUCAGAACACAGCCAAUGAGAAGUAACCUUGGAAUGGAUGUAUGGGAUUCAGAUGAAGAUAUUAUUCCCCCACCACAUGCAAUGGAAGGACCUGCAGAGCGGCUCCCAAAUGAAGAUUUUCAGGGGUCUGGGAAAAGAUUAAGAAUUUAUGAUGACCACUCUCACAAUGAUUUGCAAGGACAGAUGCAGUUGAGAGAUUUUGAUUUCAUUAAUAAGAGACCUGGACAAAGACGAAGACCAUUUCAUGACCAUCAGACUCAGGAUGAUUUAAGAGCACCAAUGCAGAUGAGAAAUUGGGACUACAAUAGGGGACCAGGACAGAGACGAAGACCCUUUCCUGAUCAUCAGUUUUAUGAUGAUUAUCAAGAAGAUGUGCAGCUGAAGGACCUAGACUUCAGUAACAAGGGACCUGGACAAAGGUUGAGACCUUUUCACGGACACCAGUUUCAUGAUGAUUUACAGGCAGAGAGACAAUCGAGGGGCAUCAAAUUUAACAGAGGCUGUGGACAAAGGCAGAGAUCUUUCGCUGACCAUCCACCUCAUGAUGAUUUGCAGGAAGACAGGCAGUCAAAGGAUUUUGAUUUUGGUAGCAGGGGCCGUGGCCAGAGACGAAGACCGUUCCAUGACCACCAAUCUCAUGAUGAAUUUCAGGCUCAGAUGCAGUUGAAGGAGUUAGAUUGUGUCAACAAAGGUCCUGGCCAAAGACUAAGAUCUUUCCAUGACUAUCAGUCACAUGAUGACUUACAGCCACAGAUGCAAUUGGGAGACUUUGAAUUUGUUAAUAGGGGUCGUGGGCACAGGUUGAGACCUUUCAAUGAUCACCAGCCUCACAGUGACUUACAAACAGAAAUGCAACUAAAAGAUUAUGAUAAUAAAGGUCCUGGACAAAGGCGGAGACCUUUUCAUGACCAUCAGCCUUAUGAUGACUUACAGGAACAGACUCAGUUAAAAGAUUUCGAUUAUGUUAAUAAAGGGCAUGGACAAAGGCCAAAACUUUUUCAUGAUCAUCCAGGUCACGAUGACUUGCCACGUGAUUGGUGUUCAGACAGAAGUCAAUCUUUUUCUUCCCAUGAAAAUGUACCAGAACCUCAUUUCUCCUCAUCUCCUUCACUUCACAGAGAUUAUGGGUCUGAUAAUGAUGACUUUAACAGAAGUUAUAGUAAUCGACCAAGUUGUCCUGAAGACAAUAGGAGAAUGCAUCCCUCAGAUGAAUUUAAUAGAGGAAAAAACAGAUAUGCACCAUAUUCUUCACGAACAAUGCAUCCAUCUUCAUCUGUACACCAAGAAAAUAGUUCAAUAGACUAUGAAAGAAAACCUUUUCAAGGUGAAACUACCAGAGAGAUGGAACAAAGCAAAAGAUUACCAGUUGUAACAGUUGAUUACAAUUACGGUCUGCCAUUAGAGUAUGGACCUGAAGAGGAAGAGAGAACACAUUAUGAUUUACCUCCAAGAGACCGCUACAACUGGAACUGAAUAAAAAGGACAAUGUUUGCUCAGCUUAGACUUACUUCUACCCAUUUUACUUUGUAUGUGGACCAAUUAUUUUUUUUUUAACAAAUUAGGAGAA